ACUCUUCGCGGGCCUAGAAAUAUGUUCAUGAUGGGUUGACGUGGUGACCAGAUGUUCUGGAGAGUGCUGGAGAGCAUAAACCGCCCAUCAAGAUAAGAAGUAAAGUCAUUCCUGACUUUUACCGUUGUAUCGAUAUUUUAUGAAUGCACGUAGUGAAAUAAAACAAUUUCAUAUUUGUGAAGAUUUACGUUUCAGGCGGCACGUAAUCUGGCCGAUGUCAUCAAAAGUGGAAAACGCGUAUUAUCGUCGCGGUGCCGCGCGAUAAUAAUUUAUUAUCGGAUAUAAACGUGAUUGAAGAAUAUACCAGUGAGCUCAGUUAUGAGAAGACAUCCCAGUGGAAUCAUGUUUAGCGGUCUAAUAGUGCUUACGUUGCUUUUACCUUCUAUUGUACAUAGCAAUUAUUUCGCAACGAACAAUGAUAAAAACGACCAGUGUUUUUGUAAGUUGAAGGGUUCUGUCGAUGACUGUAGCUGCAAUGUGGAUACAGUGGAUUACUUUAAUAAUAUGAAGAUUUAUCCAAGACUACAGAGCCUUCUAGUCAAAGAUUAUUUUCGUUUUUAUAAAGUAAAUUUGAAACAGAAGUGUCCCUUUUGGACUGAUGACAGCAAAUGUGCUAUGAGAUAUUGUCAUGUACAGCCAUGCCAAGAUGAAGACAUUCCUGAUGGUUUGAAAGGGGAUAAUAUGCUAAGAAACAUUCACUUUAAUGAGAGUCCUGUGGAUAAAUAUAAAGCCAGAGCUCAGUUUGAUGACUGCCUACGCAGAGCUCAAGAUCAUAAUAAAGAACUUGGUUAUUUGAAUACAACAAUUAGUACAGAAAAUUAUAAAGACUUUGAAUUGUGGAAACAAUAUGAUGAUGCUCAAGAUAACUUUUGUGUGAAAGAAUCUAGUCCUGGAGAAUAUGUGGACCUUUUGCUUAAUCCUGAAAGAUACACAGGUUACAAGGGACCUAGUGCACACAGAAUAUGGCACAAUAUUUAUAUGGAAAAUUGUUUUAGACCUGAAAAUUCACCUCAUAAUUUUAUUCAAUCUUCAAAAAUAAAUGGAAUGUGCUUAGAAAAAAGGGUUUUUUAUCGCGUUAUAUCAGGCCUUCAUGCUAGUAUCAAUAUACAUUUGUGUUCAAAGUAUUUACUAUCAUCGCAAGAUAAUUUAGGAAUAUUAUCUGCUACCCAGUGGGGACCCAAUUUACAAGAAUUUCAGAAAAGAUUUUCUCCAGAUAAAACUGGAGGUGAAGGUCCAAAUUGGUUAAAAAAUUUGUACUUUACUUAUUUACUUGAAUUAAGAGCUUUAGCUAAAGCAGCACCAUAUUUAGAAAGGGAAGAAUAUUAUACUGGUAACAAAGUACAAGAUACGGAUACUCGUCUGGCGAUAAAUGAUAUUUUAAAUGUCGUCAAAUCAUUUCCAGAACAUUUCAACGAAAGUGUAAUGUUUACUGGUGGAGCUGAGGCUCAGUUGUUAAAAGAACAAUUCAGACAGCAUUUUAGAAAUAUUUCUCGUAUUAUGGAUUGUGUAGGAUGUGACAAAUGCAAGCUAUGGGGAAAACUCCAAAUACAAGGCUUGGGUACAGCAUUAAAAAUUUUAUUCUCAGGAAAGUUUGAUAGAUGGAAGCCAACGUUACAUAAUUUUAGUAAGAAACAAUUUUUCUUGGAAAGAAGCGAAAUCGUUGCCCUUAUAAACGCAAUUGGGAGAUUAUCAGAGAGUAUCUUUGAGUUGGAUAAAUUUCGACAAAUGAUGAGAUAACAAAGUAACAAUGAGUAAUUAGAUGCUUAAGUUAUUACAGCAAUACACAUCACACAAAUUAACUGAUAUAAUUUUUAUUUAUAUAAUAAGUUUGUUAAAUGACCGAUUUAUAUUGGUUAUGUAUUAUUUUUAAAACUUAUAUCGGUUAUCAGAAUAGGUAUAAAGUCGCAAUAAAAAUUCUCUAACUGUUUAUUAUAAAAAUCAAUUUAAUUAUUGUUUUAUUAAAGACAAUUAUUACAAGAAAUCCAUUAAUAUUUUUAUAGUUCUAUUUUGAUUUACGUAUUCUACGUCAUUGGUUAAACGAGUAAGAUGUUGCAUGAUUCAUAGGUCGAAUUAUCGGUCUCAAAUGUUUUAAUAUUUUUUGAACCAUAAUCUAGAAAGAAAUUCCAACAUACAUAAUAAUUUUUUGCAUUCAAAUUUUAUUGCGAUUUUAAUAAUUUUGACUCCGUCUGUGAUAAACAGUUUGUCGUUGGAAAAGGUUAUACUCCUUAUACUAGUUUCGAAAAUAGCUUACGUACAAUUUCAGUUUUAUGCAAGUUCUACCAUUUUUUAGAAACUUAAUGAACCUCUUAUACUUGCAUCAGUACCACUUCCGUAAAUAGAUUAAAUUUGAAAAAUUGUAACUUAUUUUAAGUUAGUUUUCAUUUGAACUCUAGACAAUUUCAAAUGUAAUUGCUAAUAUUUUGUUGUUAAAACACAAUGUUAAUUGGGAAUAUUUUAAAGAAAAUUAAUUAUAAUGCGUUCUACUUAACGAGACAUUACACGUCAUAACAAUUACUCAGGGGUAAUCAGUUUUGUAUAAUAAUGGACAUGGGUGUAUAAUCUUUUAAAAAACCUUAUAUUCCACUUUUUAUAUUAUUGCUACAGUGAAUACGACGUAAAGUACGAUAUUAUUUUCCGAUAAAUUUACACACGAAAAGAAACGCCAGUGUAUCAUAUUUCUAUAUACUAUUUCAUAAUAAUUUAUAAAAUAUUUAAUACUGUUGUAUAUACGUGUAAACCUAAUUUAUUGACAAAUCGCCAAAUUGUACGAUUUAGAGAUUAUAAAAGAACCAUGCCUA